AUGACAACUACCGGCGAUAAGCACAUCCAGUCUCAGUCCAGAUCGUGGCGUGCUUGCAGCGAUCCUGUUGGUAACGGCACUGGGAACCUCGGACAGCAGGCUGGAGCCCAAGGAUGUGUUGUCUUCCACAACAAUGAUCGCUAUGGCUACGGUACCAACGUAUGUGGCCGGUGCAAUCGCUGCCAUGGCUGUGGGAGUACCAACAACGGCAUUAGACCUAUACAAGCAGUGUACUUUGGUGGCAAGAAGGCCAUGCAGAAGCUGUGA